GAAGUCUCGCGAGGCGAUACCGGAGCGAGUGUGGCGGCGGCGAGAUUUGCAGUCGGGCUGAGGAGUUGGUAUUUGUGUUGAAGGAGGAGGCGGAGGAGGAGAGGAGGAAGAAGGGGGGGAAAGCCCGGAGACCCGGCCCGAAGGGUGGGGUGGGAGGGGAGGGGGGGCAAGCAGCCUCUCCAGCCUGGACGAGAAGCCAGAGGGAACGCGGAGCGAGAAAAGGGAGAGAGAGCACCGACAGCCCGCCCGCUUGCCUGCCCGCCCCCUCCCUCUUACCCUCCCUCCCCCUUCCCCAUAUUCCCCCCCUCCCCUCUGGUUUGCUCCUUUCCCUUCCCCACGACCGGCCGCCUUGCCCGCCUCGCCCGCCGCAGAGGAGGACGAGGACGAGGGGGUGGAGAGCGGCAGUAGCGGCCGGGGCAGGAGGCAGCGGCGGCGGGAGAGGCUUCAACCAUGGCCUCGGGCGACACCCUCUACAUCGCCACGGACGGCUCGGAGAUGCCGGCCGAGAUUGUGGAGCUGCACGAGAUUGAGGUGGAGACCAUCCCCGUGGAGACCAUCGAGACCACCGUGGUGGGCGAGGAGGAGGACGAUGAGGAGGAUGACGAGGACGGCGCGGGAGGCGGCGGCGGGGGGGGCGGCGGCCACAGCGGUCACCACCACCACCACCACCACCACCAUCAUCACCACCACCACCCGCCUAUGAUUGCCCUGCAGCCGCUCGUCACUGACGACCCCAGCCAGGUCCACCACCACCAGGAGGUGAUCCUGGUGCAGACCCGUGAGGAGGUGGUGGGCGGUGACGACUCGGACGGCCUGCGGGCCGAGGACGGCUUCGAGGACCAGAUCCUCAUCCCUGUGCCCGCGCCGGCCGGUGGCGAGGAGGACUACAUCGAACAGACGUUGGUCACGGCCGCAGCGGCCGGCAAGAGCGGCGGCGGCUCAUCGUCGUCGGGCGGCGGCCGGAUGAAGAAGGGCGGUGGCGGGGGCAAGAAGAGUGGCAAGAAGAGUUACCUGAGCAGCGGUGGCGGAGGGGCAGGCGGCGGCGGAGGAGUCGGCGGGGCCGAGCCGAGCGGCAGGAAGUGGGAGCAGAAGCAGGUGCAGAUCAAGACCCUGGAGGGGGAGUUCUCCGUCACCAUGUGGGCCUCAGGCCAUACCCCAUGCCUGGAACAGACUCCCUCCACAUCUCCGUCUGCUGAAAUCCUUCUCUUCCUUCAAGACUCAGAUGAUAAAAAAGAUAUUGACCAUGAAACAGUGGUGGAAGAACAGAUCAUUGGAGAAAAUUCACCUCCUGAUUAUUCUGAGUACAUGACAGGCAAGAAACUUCCUCCUGGAGGAAUACCUGGCAUUGACCUCUCAGAUCCUAAACAACUGGCUGAAUUUGCUAGAAUGAAGCCAAGAAAAAUUAAAGAAGAUGAUGCUCCAAGAACAAUAGCUUGCCCUCAUAAAGGAUGCACAAAGAUGUUCAGGGAUAACUCUGCCAUGAGAAAACAUCUGCACACCCAUGGUCCUAGAGUCCACGUAUGUGCAGAAUGUGGAAAGGCUUUUGUUGAGAGUUCAAAACUAAAACGGCAUCAACUGGUUCAUACUGGAGAGAAGCCCUUUCAGUGCACGUUCGAAGGCUGUGGGAAGCGCUUUUCACUGGACUUCAAUUUACGCACACAUGUGCGAAUUCAUACUGGAGACAGGCCCUAUGUGUGCCCCUUCGACGGCUGUAAUAAGAAGUUUGCUCAGUCAACUAACCUGAAAUCUCACAUCUUAACACAUGCUAAGGCCAAAAACAACCAGUGAAAAGAAGAGAGAAGAAUGUUCUCGAACUUGAGAAGCAUCUUACAGGAGUAUGAUUGGAAAUAAAUAUGCCUCUCCUUUGUAUAUUGUUUCUAGGAAAGAAUUUUAAAAAAAAAAUUGAAUCCUACACACCUAAAGGACAUGUUUUUGAUAAAGUAGUAAAAAUAAAAACAAAAAAAAAAACAAAAAAACAAAACAAAACAAAAAAAACUUUUAAGAUGACAUUGCUAAGAUGCUCUAUCUUGCUCUGUAGCCCAAUUUCAAGAACACGGUGUUUUGUAAAGUGCAGCCCCAAUAGGAGGCUAAUUCAUGAACUUGCAUCAAAAAGACAAUUCUUUAUACGACAGUGCUAAAAAUUUGGACUUCUUUUCACAUUCUUAUAAAUAUGAAGCUCACCUGUUGCUUACAAUUUUUUUAAUUUUGUAUUUUCCAAGUGUGCAUAUUGUACACUUCUUGGGGAUAUGCUUAGUAAUGCUAUGUGUGAUUUUUUCCGGAGGUUGAUAACUUUGCUUGCAGUAGAUUUUCUUUAAAAGAAUGGGCAGUUACAUGCAUACUUCAAAAGUAUUUUCCUGUAAAAAAAAAAAGUUAUAUAGGUUUUGUUUGCUAUCUUAAUUUUGGUUGUAUUCUUUGAUGUUAACACAUUUUGUAUAAUUGUAUCGUAUAGCUGUAUUGAAAUCAUGUAGUAUCAAAUAUUAGAUGUGAUUUAAUAGUGUUAAUCAAUUUAAACCCAUUUUAGUCACUUUUUUUGGAAAAAUACUGCCAGAUGCCGAUGUUCCGUGUAAUUUCUCUUUGCCUGUUCAGUUACAGAAAGUGGUGCUCAGUUGUAGAAUGUAUUGUACAGGCAUUGACUUUUUAUUAACACCCAGUAUGUACAUCCCGUGUAAUAGAAAGGGCAACAAUAAAAUAGUGGUCCUAAAGAAAGAAUAUGGCAGAAAAUGAUCUGUAAGCACAGUCUUAUUUUUUUUUGUUGUCCAGAAUAAUAAUUCUUCUUGAGCCUCCCAGAAAUUAGAAGCUAAAUAAAGCUACUCAAGUUUCCUUUACUUCUGCAUUCAAUUACAGUGAUUUGUGAUGAAAGCGGUGCCUGAAAUUUACAGACCAUUGUAUACUUAAGAUCUGCCUAAAGUCAGAAUAGGUAUUGGACAUCCUAGGGAUACCUGAGAGCUCCUCAGUUUGGGAUGGUUGAAUUGUCGGUGAUGCAUUUGUUCUUUCAGCACCUACCCCUGCUAUGGCAAAGCCACUCAAUGAAGCUGUGUUGACAGGUGACCAUCCUUAUGUGCUUUGUCGAGGUAAGAUAUUCCCAGUGGCAUUUGGGGGCUGCAGAGGGGAGGGAAGGGGGAGGCAAUGCACAGAAGAGAUUGGGUUACUCAUUACUCCAACGGGGUUGUAUAUCCAAACCUUCAAUUACAGCCUUGAAGUUGCCUUUAAGGUCAUCAGUGAGCCUUUGAGCCUUCCCCUUACUGUGUUUGAUUUCUCCUAUAGAGGAAUGGACUGUUUCUGAGCCUUUGUUGCUCUCUCCAAUAGUCUUUUGAUGCUAGUUUCCCCAUUGGUACCAGUCAAAAAAGUCAUUGAAAAACUGGUGACCUGCAUGCUUCCUAAUAGACAGAGUGAGUGCAAUUUUGCAAGGUGACUAUCAUUAGACUGUUACAAAAUUGUACUCAGGGAAUAUUUUACCUCUCAUGUGGUAGGUAUGAUUAUAAUCUCAGAAUUUUUAUUCAAGGAAUAAAAUUAAGUAUCAGACACAUUGAAAAUAUUUUUUACAAACUGCCACAAUACAGUAAAUUCCUUAUCAAAACAGCCAGAUGCUUUUUUCUAUAAGUCAGUGCUUUUAUGAGAGACUGAAACAAGUAAAGUAGCUGUUAUCAGUGAUUUCUUUAUUGAAAAAAUAAUUUUUAGGCUAUAUCAGGGUUAAUAGAUUCAGCCCAUCUAUCCCAUCUUCUAAACUUUCUACACAUAUUGUCCCAUACAAUAAUCAUCUCUUAGACUUUUUGCAGGGCCUCAGGGUCAUCAUAAGUGCCUUCUGAAUCAUUAAAGAAAGGUUAGAUUGAUUUUAGUAUUUUGGUGACAUAUAAGAAAUAACUAGACUAAGUGGAUUUAAUUAUGUAAUUAACAUUUGCUUCAUGUACAAAUCAUAAAGUGAUCCAAGUCUGUUGUCAUGAUAAUUAUUGGUGGUCAUUUAAAUAGUAGUAAUGUCAAAUGGUUAUGCCCUAUAGGGUUCAUGCUAGCUAGAUGAUUAGUGAGAACUGGAAAGAACUCUAGAAACCUAUUCCAAGCCACUUAUUUUACACGUGAGGAAAUUGAGACCCAAAGAGAAGUGACUUAACCUAAGAUUACAUGGCAGAUUUUCUCUUGACUCUUAGUCUGGUGUUCUUUCCACUUGGGAGGGGGCUAAAAAUCUCAGGCAACCAUCUUAUUGACCAAGAUUGCAUGUUUUAUACCAGGUAAAAGCCUUGAUAUGAUUCAGUUAAUCAUCCCAGUGGAAUAACCUUGGACUACGAGUCCAGAGAUGUGUGUGCUAGGCUGAUUUUGUCAUUUUUACUGUGUGAUCCUAAGGAUAUCACUUCUACUUUCUGAACUUGAGUUUCCCCAUCUAUAAGAUAAGGGGGUUGGAACUCUAGUUCUAGAUCCCUUCCAACUUUGGAGUUCUGUGUUCCACAAUUCCAUUCCUCAGCCUUUUGAAAUACAUAAGACUUUACUGUAUUUGGCAGUAUGUGUAAGAGGUAAGCCCUUGGAUAGAUUUCUAACUUUAAAAUGUGUGCUGGCACACAUACUUUGAUUAGACCUGAGGCGCAGAGUCCAAUUUAAUACUGUAAUAUAAAAUGGUUUAUAUCUUCUCUGGCUGUCCUAAGGCUUAUUUGUGUCUGUGUGAGGUCAUCAGAAUUCCAAUUGUAUCAUCUGUUUGCAUUAUUCUUAAGUCAUAGUUACAUUUUUCCAUUCAUCAACCCUGUAAUUCACUGGAAUCUGACUAUGACUCUGAGACCAGGUUACAGAGAGGUCCAUCUGCUAAUUUUACUCAUUAGAGCUCCCUUGGAAAGAGGGUCCAAGACAAGCCCAUAUUUAUAUAAAGCAAAUCUCUAUGGUAGACCUUUUUUUCCUCUGUGCCUUGUUAAUCCCUGGGCAUGUCUUGAACCAUCAUUUCCAACCAAUUCCUUUCUAUUUUCAUAGCCUCCCUUCAUACUAUAUAUUCUCUGUUCAAAUUUAUCUUGUCCAUGUGGAAAGUAUAGCUUUUUCUUUCUUUUUUUUUCUUUUUAGGAAGUUUCAUAUGGGGAUUGGUAGAAAUAAUAUACUACUACUUUAUAAAAGGAUUACAGCAACAGUUGAAAAAUGAUUGGCAUCCUUGAAAAUAGCAAUUCUUUAACUGUUGAUCUUGAACUGUGCUGCUUAUUCUUAGAUUUAUAAUUUGCUAAAGUAAUAAAAUUAUUAAAGGGCUUCUAACAGUAGGUUUGAAGAUAUGACUUUGAUUUAUGGUACCUCCGUUCAUUUUCUUAUCUAGGCAGAUAAUAAAUGCACCUUUCUAGGCUGUCUGACAAACACCAGAGGCAGGUUACAUUUCAUCAGAUGUUAAUACUCUUGAAUUUUUUAUUCUUUCUCUAUACAUUUGAGGAAUCUGUCAGAACAGAAUAUUAGCUUCUUAUAAGUGAGAGAGUCAAGAAUAUCGGGCCCUAAAACUUGAGGGAUUCAAGAAAAGAAUUCAUCUGUAAUUUGGCCUUUUUGCAGAGGUUUAUAAACAAACUGGAAUGAUGAGAAGGACCUACCUUAAUUAUUGCAGAAAGUAAAAUGGCAGGCAGUUUUGAAAUUAAAUGGCUUGACAAAGUAGAGGGCCUUUCUUGUUCCUCCUGAAUGUAUGCAUAUAAGAAUUUGGUUAGCAAAUUGAUUUGUAUGCAGAUGCUUCUGCUAAUAACUUUCUGGAGUUCUUCAAUAGAAACUCAUUAAGUCCUAAGUCUAAUAUGUGCAAUAUACUGUGCUAAGCCUGCUAGAGAUAGAACUAUAAGUAAGGCUGUGUCCCUGUCUUCAAAAAGUUUAUAGUUUCUUGUGAAGAGAAUACAAAUUAAAAUAUGAAAAGUGCCUAAGAGGAAGUUAAGAACUACUAAAUAAAAUGUGGGAAACUCUAGAGGAGUUUUACAUAUUUUCUCUUUUUUUUCCUCUUAAUAACUUGCUUGGUAUUUGUAGAUCAGAUAUAAGGUAAUCUUCAAUCUAACAUGCCCAAGUUAGUGACAUUCCAGGUAUAUUACAAUUUGCUGAAUAUUUCUUAACAAGCUCGAGACUAGUCACUUUGAAUAUAUUUCUGAAUCUACAACCUUUUCUGCUGCAGACUUAUUCCUAUGCCUACUAUGUUCCCCUGGCUCCUGGGGUAAGUUGGCAGUAGCCUAGUUUAUAUGAUCUUUAGUGCAAUACUUGGCAGUUGCAUCUCUACUGACCCUCAUGGAGAAUGAUAAAAGAAAAUGAAACUCAGAGGCCAAAAGUAAAACCUUGAACAAGUGUCAAAGAAUUGAGCUACUUUUCUAAGAUGCCACUUUGGCCUAGAAGCCUUUUUCAUAUGAAAUAGACCUUUUGUUCAUAGUUAAAAGCAGCAGCAGUUGAAGGAAGGGCUGUAUGUCUAUGUUUCCAUUCAGACUUUUACAAAACCAAGAGCGAUGCACAACCUAGACUGGCCAAAAAUUGUGAAUCUCCUUCUGCCAACACUUUUGAUGUCAUAGGGAACUUAAAUAUUCAGUAACUGUUAGAGCACCUACCAUGUAUGUACAAAGUCCUGUGCUUGGUACUGGAGGGGAGAUAGGCUGUCAGAAAAAAACUGAAGGAUGGCAUCUAACGAUCUUUUAAAAUUGAUAGCUUUUUUAUACCACUCACUUUGGAUUAAUGGAGCAAACAUCCAUCAUGUAGAUGAACAUUAAACACUGAGAGGUGAAAUGUUUUUUCCUAGGUUACAGUGAGCAAUUAAAACAAUGGAAUUUGAACCCAGAUCCUCUUGACUCCAAAUUGCUGCUUUCAACAUUAUAGAAUUCCAGCAGGAUACAACUGAUAUACAAAUGUACAUUUCUAUACAAAGUCUGUAGUAUAGGGUAAAAGGCAUUAGAGGUACAAAGUACUUUUCUAGGAGAAUCAUUUAGGUUUGAGGGCAUAUAAGAAUUCUUAGUGGAGGCAAUAUUUGUACUAAGCUUCGAAAAAGAUAAGGAACCUUUCCACAGAAUAGCAUUAGCCAAGAUGUAGAAAAAACGGUGAGGAAGCACUACAAUACGCAGGAGAGAUCACGGGUGUUUCAUUUUGACAAAAGAGGAGCACACAGCAAAGGGUUCUGGAAAAUGAGUAUGGAGGGAGUGGAGGUCUCUUGGGUGUUCAGCUGAGGUGUCUGGAACAGAAAGCCACAGGAACAUGACUAGAUUUACCCAUAAGGAAGGGACAACAAAGGGGAAGGAUGGGCACAGAAAAGACCAGUUAGGUUUUUUCAAUGUUCCAAAUGGGCAAUAAUGAUGGUGACCAGGGAAAUGUCCUAGAGUCAGAAUGGAAGUUUUAGGUUGUGUGAGUAUUAAAGUUUAUUACCAGCUCUUCAGCUUUGCAGAUAAUGGAGAAGGUGGACAAAAUUCAGAAACUGCCUGACCCAGUUUUUUUGUUUGUUUUGCUUUUGAAUAGGCCUGAGUUUAGUCUUUAAGGUUCUUUAAUGUCAAUUACAUCAAAAUACACUAGGAUUCCUUAGUAGAGAGGGAAUUUAAUCAGCAAGCUCAGGCAUGUAAAGGAUGGAAGGAUCUCUUGAUCUGGAGGUGAAAGAAAGGCUUGGAUUAAAGACCUGACUUAGCUUUCUGAUCUUUUAAAAUGUGGAUUUGGUCAAUCCUUUAAAUUCCUGGGUUUCUGGUGAAUCUGGUCAAUUUCUUAUCUAUAAUUAGACUACCCCUGAGCAUAAGCCAUAAUGCCCAAAAUAACAUCUCUUUGAAAGGAAGGAAAUAUGUAAGUAUCCUCUAAAAAAUGCCUCAAAACAUCUGUGAUUACAGCCAUAUAGUGGCAAGUAUAUUGGAUCAAAAAGAGCAUAGUUCUUGGCACAGGCUAAGAUGAUGUGUUUUGAAACCUAGUUCUACUACUUAACAGCUAUGUGACAUCCAACAAAAACUUUAUUUGUAAAAUGGGGAUGUUUGCACAACCUACCUCACAGGGUUGUUGUGAGGAAAAGUGCUUUGUCAAAUCUGUAAUGUAAAUGAGUUGUUAUUCCUUUGGGUCCUCCUUCCACACAUGCAGGUCCUACUGCUUGCUGCUGAAGGCCAAAAUGUUAAUCACCUAUUGGCAAAACUUGGUGAUAAGACUGCACUUAGCUAGGUUGUUCCUCAGACAACAAACACAGGUUCUGAGAACAAAAAAAAAAAAAAAAAACCUGUGCCAUGACAAGGUAUUAGGAGAAGACUUUAGUGAAAGACUAAAAAGAAAUAUUGCAUAAAAUUAUCAUUAAUAUAUAAUGCUAUAAGGGGUUUGGGGUUUUUUAUGGGGUUUUUAUGGGGUUUGUUUUUGGUGAGGUUUGAGGGAGCUUUUUUUUUCCAUUUCUUCCCACUUAACAGUUUAUUUUUAUUCACUUAGAAUCACAUCUCAUCCUUAAUUAAUUAAGAUAACUAAUCAAAAACCUUGAGAGAAUUCAAUCUGGUUUCAUACAUGUCCAAUUUGGGGCAACUUUGAAAAAACAGCUUUUGUCUGGACCAAUGUAGCAGUUCUUUGUCAUUGUUUUAUAACUUUAAUGAUAUGCAAAUAACAAGUGUAGUUAGUUGCAUGUCUAAUUACCUUGAAGCUUUAAGUCAUUGAAAUUCUGAACCAGAAAAGAAAAAUGACUGAUUUUUUUUUUCCACAGCCUGAAGGGUUUCAUCUAUGUUGACUACAUUUCAUUCUGUAUAGAAGAAAUUACAGGUCAAAUCUGUAAAAGACAGCAUUUGAAUGUUGAGUAGGAUCUUCCUUAAUUUCUAUUGGAUGACAUUUGUGAGUGCCACAUGAUGUGUCAGGAUCAAGGAAUGCACUUUUUCGUUAUUGAGGGAAGGGUAACUACUGAAUCAUUCAACUGAAUUUUUCUUCAAAAUCUGGAGGCUUUUAUCACCUGGAAAAUAGUAAUGGUUUGAUUAGUUAAACCAGGGCAUGGAGAAAUUCCAUUUUUAUCCACUUUCUGGUGACUUCUACAGGCCACAAUUCAAGGACUUGAGCGGUGCAUCUCCUGUGCAUUUUUCCUUUAAGCCAUUUCUGGAAUUUUCCUUGGUUUGUCAUUAGCUCAUAGAUUGUAGCUGCAGAAAUACUAUAUUUGAAACAUCUGCAUCAAGAAUUCAGAUGACUUUGCAUCAAGAGAAGCAUUUAGCUAUGACUCAGUUUUAAGCAUCAAGCAUGUAUAACCUGGCCCUAUAAAAAGUACAAUAAAGAAAGAAUGUUAAGAUUUUUAA